AUGUUUUCGCAAACUUAUUUAAGAUCACUUGGUAACAUUUGGUUCAUAAAACGUGGAAUAAUUCCAUCAUCUUUGAUAUCAAAUGUUGCCAUUUUUCGAAGAAAGACAAAAUUAUUACAUAACACAACAAAAUUAUUGAAGGAUGAACCUGAUGAUCGGCUCAUAAUCGAUCCUGAUUCUGAUGUAUCUCCAAGACAAUGUCAAAUAGCAAGGGCAUACAUGAAAGUUAAUAAAUUAAAUCAAAAUAAGUGGGAAAAACCGAAAUCACUAUUCGCAAAACGAUCUAACGUUGAUUAUUCAAAAAGGAAUAGUGAGGAUUUGUUAUUAUUUUCAAACAAUGAAAAAGAUAACUUACUUGGCACAAAAUGUGAUAAAUCAAAUAACCUUAGCCAAAGUGAAACUUCUAAUGGUAUGCCAAAAAGAAAUUGGUCACGAUAUAAAUCUAAAAAUUUGGGGGAUAAACCUUUUAUAAACAAUUUAUCAAGGACGGAUCAUUUUAAUAAUGGUCCUGAAGAUUUUAGGGAAAGAUCGCAAAAAUCAGAAGCAUUUAAUGCAGGUUUUAGAAACAAUAUGUCCGGUUCAACUGAUCCUAGAAUUAUGGAGAAUUCUUCGGGAUUGCAGUAUUUUAGUAAAAAUAUAGACAAAUAUCCUUUUGGGAAGAAAAGGAUGAGACCACCGAUUGUUCGACAUCAAAAAGAAAUUGAUCAUAAGCUAGAAAGCAAAGUUGAUUUUGUUUCCGCUUUAACUGAAUUAAAAGCGAUUCAGGAAAUCAACGUUGAAAACGAUGAUCACUCAUCUGCACUUCGUACCCGUCAAAAGUUCGCUUCUAAAAAAGAUAAAGUUUUAGAGAAGCCAGAGCAUCGUAAACCAAAAUCUUUGAAAAAAGGACGCGAACUUUGGGAUGAGGAAGAUGGAUAUUUUGAUGUAAAUUAUGAAGUUGAUGGUCCAAAGAAAAAAAGUCAAGUUCAAGAAAUUGAACCAAAGUUACAAAGGGAAGUAUUUAUUCCCGAAGCCAUUAGCAUCGCUAACUUGGCUAAAAUGAUUGGCGUACGUUUAGCGACUUUUGAACAAAAGCUACAGAAUCUUGGAAUCGAAUACGUUUCGCAUGAUCAUUUGUUGAAUGCUGAAGAAGCAUCAUUGAUCGCUAUGGAAUAUGAUUUAAAUCCUGUGGUCAAUUCUGAAGCCGCAAUUGAUCUAUAUCCAAAGCCGAAACCAGCCGAUAUGUCCAAGUUCCCACUUCGUCCUCCAAUAGUUGCGAUUUUAGGUCAUGUAGAUCACGGUAAAACAACAUUAUUAGACACUUUGCGAAAAUCUUCCAUAGCCGCUGGAGAGGCAGGUGGAAUUACUCAACAUAUUGGUGCCUUUUCCGUUUCGCUGCCUUCGGAAAAAACGAUUACGUUUCUUGACACUCCUGGCCACGCUGCAUUCUCCGCAAUGCGUGCCCGCGGCGCUUUUGUAACUGACAUAGUAGUUUUGGUUGUGGCAGCUGAUGACGGUGUCAUGCCCCAAACUCUUGAAGCUAUUAAACAUGCAAAGGAUGCUGGAGUGCCAAUGGUUGUGGCUAUCAACAAAAUAGAUCGACAUAAUGCAAACCCGCAAAAGGUUCGUGAAGCCCUUUUAUCCAAUGGAGUAGAAUUAGAGGAAUACGACGGAGAAACUCAAUCAGUUGAAGUAUCGGCCUUAACUGGACAAGGAUUGGAUAGACUAGAAGAAGCAAUUAUAACGCUUUCUGAAUUGUCUGAAUUUCGUGCUGAAGUUGAUAUUGAGACUGAAGGUGCUAUCAUUGAGUCACAAGUAGAGAAAGGAAAAGGAAACGUUGCAACAGUCUUGGUAAAACGUGGAACUUUGAAGCAAGGAGACAUUAUAGUGGCAGGCACUACUUGGUGUAGAGUUCGUGUGAUGACCGACGAGAAAGGCCAAAUAAUUAAAAAUGCUUUACCCGGUACUCCUAUUAAAGUAACGGGAUGGAAAGAAUUACCAGUUGCUGGAGACGAGGUGCUCCAAGCCAAAGAUGAGGAACUCGCCAAAACUGUUGUAGCGAAUAGAGCAUUGAAUAGGUCACGAGAUCAACAACUCAAGGAUUUAGAAGUAAUUAAUGAAAAGCGAAGGCAACGAAAGCAAGAGCUUGAGACCGAAAGAGCAAAUGCGAGGAAUUUCAAAAAAGAAGUAUGGAUGUUCCAUCAAGGUUUACUUAAGGAAUAUCCAACGGCGGUUCCGCUUCAACCAAGUAUAAAGGAAGAAAAACCUUUAGUGGAUACCAACAAGAAAGGACUUAACGUUGUUGUCAAAGCUGAUGUGAGUGGUACGGCUGAAGCUGUUGUAGAUGCAUUGUAUGGUUUAGGAAAUAAUGAAGUAUGUGUCAAAAUAAUUGAUUUUGGAGUUGGAGAUGUAACAGAAUCAGACAUUCAAAUGGCAAACGUAGCUAAAGCGAUAAUAUUAGGUUUUAACGUUAAAGCUUGCAAAAAAGUACAAUCACAGGCGAGGAUAGAUAAUGUGGACAUGAAGUUUUAUAAAGUUAUUUAUCAUCUUUUGGAUGAAGUUAAAGAACAAUUGGGCAAAUUGUUGCCACCUAUUUUAGAAACGCAUGUCACAGGGGAGGCUAAGGUAUUACAGAUUUUCCAAAUUAAUGUCAAAAGCAAAGAAUUCAAGCCAGUCGCUGGUUGCCGUAUAACCAACGGAACAGUAUUUAAGAAUCAAAAAGUCAGAAUCCUUAGAGAUAAUAAUCAAAUAUGGGAAGGUUCUUUGGAAACUUUAAAACAAAUGAAAAAGGAAGUUAAUGAAAUAAAGAAAGGGUUGGAAUGCGGGAUGUCAUUUGAAGGGUUCAAUGGCUUUAAAGAAGGAGAUUCUAUUCAAAGUAUAGUCGUUAAAGAGGUACCUCGUAGUUUGUAA